UCCAUUAAAUUAGCCUGAACUUUCCCAAAUCAGAAAACGUAAGAAAAAUGUCAAUUAUCCCAGUAAAUAAUAAUCAAAGAGGCAGCAGAAAUUCCUCUUCAGAAUUAUGGGAUUAUCCUCAUGAAUUUGAUCUAUUAUUCCAAAACUUCCCAUUACCCUCUACCUUAAUUCCCCCAUUUCAUCACUUCCCUUCAUUUGGAUCCCUCGAAACCCAUGUGGAUUGGAGAGAAACACAGAGAGGCCAUGUGUUUAGAGCAGUGUUCAAUGGAGACGAAGAUGUGUUGGUGCAUAUUGAUGAUGAGAACAUGCUUCAAAUAAGCACUGAGAGUGGGAAAUUUAUGAGUCGGUUUAAGCUGCCUGAUAAUGCUAAAAGGGAUGGAGUUGAAGCUUGUAUGGUUAAUGGAGUGCUCACUGUCACUGUUCCUAAAGAAGGCGGUGGUGCUGUUUCUGGAAACCCUAAUGUUAGAUCCAUUGAAAUCUCUGGUUCUGGUUGAAUUUUGAAUGUUUGGCUUAAACUAUAUGUUUGUUGUUGAUAUAUGAGUUAUGAUGUGUGCUUUUGUGAAUUAUGAUUUGUAGUGCUGUAAGAACCACCUUUGUAUUUUAAAACAUUUAAAUAUGCUCUUCGUGUUUAGUUCAUAGUUUAA